AUGACAUACACGAGACCCAUUCCAGGAACCUGCGAUCUUUCUAUCCUUGUCGAUUUCAAAUUCAACUCACCUCUCUAUCGCCAGGUGGCUUCGAUGUUCUUAAAAGAGGUAGCAACAAGACUCAUGGGGGCAUUUAGUGACCGAUGCCGAUUAGUGUAUGGUCCAGGAGUUCCAGUGGAUGAAAACGCAUUUGAGCAAAGAGCUUGA